UGCGGAUACUGUGAAAAAAGGGAGAAACGCGUGCGUUCUUGUGGAUAUAAUAACUGCGCUCGGCGAGAUCCACACUUUCAACGACGUACCUAUAAUAAUAAUUAUGAAGGAGGUGCGUAAAUCACGGACCGAUGAAAUCGAUGGUUUCGCGAACGGGGCGGGCAAUGGCAGCGUGGAGACGGCGUUCCGUAAACUGCAGAAGAACUGCACCGGCUUCUUCGUGUGGCGCAUCGAGAACAUGAAUGUGAUCGCUCUGCCGAAGGACAAUUACGGCACGUUUUACGAUGCGGAAUCGUACAUUGUUUAUGCGUCCUCACUCGCCGGCACGCCGGCGAACAUCGACACCGUGUGUCGUGAGGUAAAAACCACACCGGAAAUCCACAUACAUUUCUGGUUGGGCACGAGUUCCACCGCUGAUAAAAGUGGAGUUGCCGCUUAUAAAACCGUAGAAUUAGAUGGUUACCUCGGCGGGAAUGCAAUCCAACAUCGAGAGACGCAGGGUAACGAAAGUCCACGUUUCAAAAGUUACUUCCGGAGUGGUAUUCGUAUCCUGAAAGGCACUUCGAGUUCGCUAGGGAAGGAAAUUGUGGCGAAAACAAAAAUGUACAAAGUUAAAGGCAGCAGGAUACCGAUUCUAACCCAACUUCCGUCGAUUUCCUGGAGCCAUUUUAAUAGCGGUGACGUUUUUAUCAUUCAAACCGAGACUACGAUUUUUAUUUGGUUGGGACGUGCGGCGACAUCUAUGGAGAAGCUACACAGUGCUAAGAUUGCCACGACGCUUAAAACAGAAACUGGUAUUGGUAAAAUUGCGUUCAUCGAAGAUGGCUACGAGCAAACCCUAGCUGAUGAGGAUAAAUGUGAACUGCAAAAAUAUCUCCCAUUGGAUAAACGCCACGUGAUGCCUUUGGAUUUCGACGGGAAUGAUGACGACAAGUCCCACAAAGGGCAUUUGAAGUUAUAUCGAUGUUCGGAUAACAAUGGGAAGUACAGGGUGACUGAAAUCAAAGCAGGUCCUUUGGUACAAGCUGAUUUAGAUUGUGAUGAUGUGUUUAUUAUUGAUAACGGCACCAAUGGUAUCUGGGUAUGGGUAGGAAGACGCGCCAGUGACAAAGAACGCGUUGAAGCAAUGCGCAAUGCCCGUGGGUUUGUCAAAAAGAAGAAAUACCCUAACAACACAAACGUAACACGCGUAAUCGACGGCUCCGAAUGCCUCGAAUUCAAGAUGCUGUUUAAUUACUGGAAGGAUGACUCCAACCCGAAAACCAACACCGUGGCAGUCGGUAAGCGUGCAAUAAGCAAGUUUGAUGCGUUGACUAUGGAGGAACGUCCCUCGUUGGCAGCGGAAACGCAGCUUGUCGACGAUGGCAGCGGGCAGAUGCGAAUCUGGCGCAUUAUGAACGACGAAGUGGUCGAAAUCGCACGCGAGAAGCACGGCCAGUUCUUCGCCGGUGACUGUUACAUCGUGUGGUACAACUACGAAAGCGCCAUCAACAGGAAUAUCGUCUUCUAUUGGAUCGGUAUGAAUGCCAGCGCCGCUGAAAUUGAAAGCGUCGAGGCGAAGGUGAUUGAAAUGGACGAGCAGCUCGAGGGUACCGGCGUGCAGAUUCGCGUACGCCAGGGAAAGGAACCAGCGCAGUUCUUGCAACUCUUCAAAGGCAAAUUGAUCAUCUACAAAGGCUGCGGUACGGAUUAUGACGAAAGUGGUAGAAACAUGAAGCAUCCAGCAAAUUACCUCUUGCAAGUAGAAGGAUCUUCCUCGUUUAGCAGUAAAGCAAUGCAGGUGCCGUACAAAACAAGCUCGUUAAAUUCAAACUAUUGUUUCGUACUGAAGAAAGGCAGACAUUAUCAUAUUUGGUGCGGUAACGUUUCCACCGGUGACCAGCGUGAAAUGGCAAAACACUUUACCGGUAAAGAUUUUGAAAUCAUCUUGGAAGGAAAAGAAACCAAAGAGUUUUGGGAUAUAUUAGGUGGAAAAACAUCGUAUGCUACUUCAAAAUUUAUUACUGAUUAUGCAUACAGGAAACCUGUGAGGUUAUUCCAUUGUUCCAAUAAGACAGGUGUAUUCAAAGCGGAGGAAAUCUUCAAUUUCUCGCAAUCUGAUUUGAUACCUGAAGAUAUAAUGCUUCUGGACGCGCAUGAGACGAUUUUUAUAUGGAUUGGUAAACUGAGUGGGAAGACCAGUGUGCAGAAUUGUGAAAAUAUUGCUUUGGAGUACAUAAAAACAGAUCCUUCUGGAAAAGAUGAAAACACAGCAAUAGUGAUUCUUCGACAACACCAUGAGUUACCUACCUUUACCGGCUUCUUCUCCAACUGGAACCAUAAAUUCUGGAAGGAUUACAAACCCUUCGAGGAGAUUCGUCACACGAUACAAGGAGGAACUCCACGGCGUGCUAAAAAUACCACUAUGACUCCACCAAGCGACAGUGUCUUUGAUAAAUACGAUAAGUACCCAGUUAGUGUCCUCAAAGGACCUUCGGAUAAACUCCCAGCUAAAGUCGAUCCGCUUGUAAAAGAACUUCACCUGACUCAUGAUGACUUCGUGUAUGUUUUUAAGAUGCAAUACAAAGAAUUCGAAGUGUUGCCUAGGUGGAAACAGCAGGAAUUGAAGAAAAAGGUUGGAUUAUUCUAAGGAAAAUAUUAAAUUUACAUUAUAGGGAUUUCUUUUGAACCAAAUCGACCCAAAGAGAUAGGAGAGAGAGGAAAUUGUAACCCCCACCACUUUUUGCGGGUUAUUCCCCCUCUCUUUCAUCUCUUUGAAGGUUUCUACAACAUUUAGAUUGUCAUAAGCCAUAAAUUAAGUCUUAACAUACAGCUUCAUAUCCAUAAUGUCCUAAAGAGGUGUUGGAAUUAAGACGUAUAAAAACACACGUGUCACAUGAUGAUUCACAAAAUAUUUACUCGUCUAACAUAUUGUUGAAGUGUAGUAGUGUAGUAGCGUAUGUAAUAUGUACAUCAUAACCGUAAUUAACUUUAUACCUGCAUAAAUACUUUAGUAGUUUACAAAUUAGAGCGAAUUUUAUAUUAGCGCAUUAUUUGACCAAUCAUGUUUCUUGUAAAUAUCAUUAACAACAAAAAAAAAAAAGAUUUAAAAAAUAAUUAAAUAACAUACAAUUAUGAGCAUGCGCAUGUGCAGCGCACGUCGCAAUAAUCAUAUCACUUAAGGCACGAGUUUAUAAAAUGUACACAGCACGAUCACUGCUGCAGGCGUAUAAUAAUGAUAUUGUUGUCGUCUUUCCCUUGCAUUUGUAACAUUUUGAUUUUCGUUUUUCGUCUAGAAUUCGGGAUAUUCUAAAUACAUAUAUUAUUUGUACACAAUAAACACGUUUAACAACAAA